UCUUUCUCUCUCCCUCCUCUCUGUUCUCUCUCCAUUUCUUUUUAUCAAAAGAAAAAGAAAAACAUGGGGAAAGGAGCAAAGCUAACGAAACUAAAAUCAUCAGUAAUGAAGAAAUGGAACUCUUUCAGCAAACUCGGACGCAGCAUUAGCGACACUUCCUCCUCAAAAAUCGCCACCAAAACCUCCGGCGACGGCAGCUCUUUCUCCUCCUCCUCCUCAGAUUCCUCUUCCAACCUCCUCCGCAUGGUUUAUGUUGGCAAGACGAGACGCAGGUACCUUGUCAGCCCUGACAUAAUCGAAAACCCAGUUUUCAUGGAACUAGUGUCGCCGGAAUCUGCAGUCGACACAGAUGCGGUAAUUGUGGAAUGUGAAGUGGUUCUAUUUGAGCAUCUUCUUUGGAUGCUUGAGAAUUUAACUGAAUCCGCGCCGGAAUCUCUCCAUGAAUUUGCUCAGUAUUAUUCGUGUGCUUAACUCCUUUCAAUUUCAUCGAUGGAUCUGAUUGAUCCAAAUCCAAAUGAAUUUGAUGGCAUUUAUUUAUAUAUUAUUCAUUUCUUAAAUCUCAUUAUACAGUUAUAAAUUUGUAGUGAAUGUAUUUAUAGUUUGUUUCCUUUGUAUAUUUUAUUCGGAUUUGAUAAUAAUGGGUGUAGAAAGAGAAAGAUGUGAUUAAUUUUCAA